CCACUAGACCAAAAAUAGAGGUUUCAAGAACAAGAAUCGACACAAAAUACUCCACUUUACUAUUCCGGAGUAUUCCGAUAUGUAUGCAAGAAAGUCGUGUAAACCUCUCCAACUCUUCACAAAACCUGAGUGAGUAAAAUUGAUUGUGAUUAACGAACGAUGAAGGCUGUGGCAAUCACAAGCCCCGGUGGUCCAGAGGUGUUGAAGGUACAACAAGUGGAAGACCCACAAAUCAAAGAUGAUGAAGUCUUGAUUAAAAUAUCAGCUACUGCCCUUAAUAGAGCUGACACCCUUCAACGCCAAGGUAAAUACCCACCCCCUAAAGGCGACAGUGAAUACCCAGGUCUUGAAUGUUCUGGAACUGUUGAAGCAGUCGGCAAGGACGUUACUCGAUGGAAAAUUGGUGACCAGGUAUGUGCUCUCAUUGGUGGAGGAGGUUAUGCGGAGAAAGUAGCUGUUCCUACUGGACAAGUUCUUCCUAUUCCAUCAGGUGUUUCUUUACAAGAUGCAGCUAGCUUUCCUGAAGUGGCUUGCACUGUUUGGUCAACCAUUUUCAUGACGAGCAAGCUUACCUCGGGUGAAACGUUUCUGAUACAUGGGGGCUCUAGUGGAAUUGGUACCUUUGCCAUUCAAAUGGCUAAGUGCCUUGGGGUCAAAGUUUUCAUCACAGCAGGAAGUGAGGAAAAACUUGCUGCAUGCAAAGAACUCGGGGCUGAUGUUUGCAUCAAUUACAAGACUGAAGACUUUGUUACACGCAUCAAGGAAGAAACAGGAGGGAAAGGUGUUGAUGUCAUUCUAGAUAAUAUAGGAGGUCCAUACUUCCAACGAAACCUUGACAGCCUCAAUGUUGAUGGUAGGCUCUUCAUUAUUGGUUUUAUGGGAGGAACAGUGACACAAGUAAAUCUUGGCUGUUUGUUAGCAAGACGCCUGACUGUGCAGGCUGCUGGCUUGCGUAGUAGAAGCGCAAAAAACAAAGCUCAAAUUGUGAGAGAAGUGGAAAAGAAUGUUUGGCCUGCAAUUGCAGUAGGCAAGGUGAAACCGGUGGUGUACAAGUACUUCCCCUUAGCAGAAGCUGCCGAGGCUCACCAGUUGAUGGAAAGCAGCAAGCACAUUGGAAAGAUUCUGCUUACUGUUUAAAUGUUGUAAAAGAGUGAUUUUCUUGUUCUUAGUGUUAAAAUAGCCUGUAAGCAUGUACUCCCCCCCCCCCCCCCCCCAAACCAAACCAAACAUCUGCUGCAUGUAUUAUACUUGCAAAGUUCCAAUAAAACAAACCUUUUUAUGAUUUCCCACUUUCCAUUAUUUUUUUGCGUGAAAUA